AGUGCCACAACAAUGGCAGAUAAUGCUAGUGAUGUAUCAUCAAUGGUACCACCAAUGCCAAGACCCAAAUCGCGAGUGGAACUAGCAACAAGUCGUUAUAGUAAUUUAUCAUAUUGGCGCGCUAGGCGUGUUCUAUUUUAUAAAAAUGGCGAUCCAUUUUUUCCGGGUGUUGAAUUCCGUUUUAAACCGGGACGGGAUAUUAGUUCAUUGGAAGCACUUUUGGAUAAAUUAUCCUUGAGAAUGGACUUACCGCGUGGUGCAAGAUAUAUUUUUUCUAUGGAUGGUGAUCGAAAAUUUACGUUAGAUGAACUUGAAGAUGGUGCUUCUUAUGUUGUAUCAUCUUACAAAACAUUCAAGACUGCCAGUUAUGGAAAAAAGAAUGGAAUUUGGUAUGCUGCACCAGGUGGUGGUGGCUGGAAUAAAAGUGCAAAUGUUAGUCGUAAAGCUAGCAUCGUUGAAACAGAUGUACCACCUCCAGGAGGCGGUACAGUUAAACCGAGUUCUGGGCGGGUUAUUCGAAUUAUAAAUAAUAUGGACCAUACCGUACAGUGUCGAGUGUUAUUAAAUUUAAGAACGUCCCAACCAUUUGAAGAAGUAUUAGAGGAUUUAGGUCAAGUAUUAAAAAUGAAUGGAGCCAAACGAAUGUAUACAGUACAAGGUCAAGAGGUUAGAAGCUUUUCACAACUUCGAAACGAAUUUGCCGAUGUUGAUACAUUUUAUUUGGGGGUGGGUUCAAUUGGUAAUGGAGGCAGUGCAAUAGUUAGUUCAAGUGCUGCUGCUCUUUUAACAUCCCCUGUACGUCGUUCACGUUCACGGGCGGGCGUCGCUGCAGCCCCUCAAGUGGUUGAGGAUAUGAGUGGUAAACAGAGACGCGCGCGCAGUAAGAGCCGCCCACGAGUAUUGUACGCACCGGAUGGUGAAAUCAUACGCGGAAAUGACUACACACUUUUGGAAGUAUUAAAAGAGGAACCAAUAAGAGUAACAAUUCGUGGAUUACGACGCACAUUCUACCCACCAAUUCAUCAUGCACCUGUUGAUAAUUCACCACCAGAAAAGAAAAUGCAAUUAGAAUGGGUUUAUGGAUAUAGAGGUACAGAUUCUAGACGAAAUUUAUGGGUUCUUCCAACUGGCGAGUUAUUAUACUUUGUGGCAGCGGUAGCUGUUAUGUAUGACCGUGAUGAAGAAACACAACGGCAUUAUGUUGGUCAUACUGAAGAUAUUCAAUGUAUGGAUUUACAUCCGUCCCGUGAAAUGGUUGCAUCGGGACAACGUGCCGGCCGAAAUCGUAAAACACAGGCACAUAUACGAAUUUGGAGUACAGAAACUUUACAAACAUUAUACGUAUUUGGUAUGGGUGAAUUUGAAAUUGGAGUAGCGGCAGUUGCCUUUUCACAAUUAAAUGGUGGAGCCUAUGUUUUAGCAGUUGAUGGAGGUCGAGAAAGUAUACUCUCAGUAUGGCAAUGGCAAUGGGGUCAUUUAUUGGGAAAAGUUGCGACUUUACAAGAGGAACUUACGGGUGCUGCCUUCCAUCCUUUGGAUGACAACUUACUAAUAACACAUGGAAAAGGUCAUUUAACUUUUUGGAAUAGACGAAAAGAUGGAUUCUUUGAACGUACAGACAUCAUUAAACCGCCAUCACGAACUCAUGUAACAAGUUUACAGUUUGAACAAGAUGGAGAUGUGGUUACUGCUGAUAGUGAUGGAUUCAUUACAAUUUAUAGUGUGGAUAGCGAUGGAGCAUACUUUGUUCGAAUGGAAUUCGAAGCCCAUAACAAAGGAAUCAGUUCAUUAAUAAUGCUUUCAGAGGGUACAUUAUUAUCAGGCGGCGAAAAAGAUAGGAAAAUUGCUGCUUGGGACUCUUUACAAAACUACAAACGAAUCACAGACACUAAGUUACCUGAAUCAGUUGGAGGUGUUCGAAGUAUUUAUCCACAACGCCCUGGGCGUAACGAUGGAAAUAUUUAUGUGGGAACUACGCGAAACAAUAUAAUGGAAGGUUCAUUGCAACGUAGAUUCAAUCAAGUUGUUUUUGGACAUGGAAAGCAAUUAUGGGGAUUAGCUGUUCAUCCAGACGACGAAUUAUUUGCUACAGCAGGGCAUGAUAAAAAUAUUGCUUUAUGGCGAAAACAGAAAUUACUAUGGACUACUCAGGUACCUUAUGAGUGUGUAUCACUAUGUUUCCAUCCAUUUGGAAUGGCAUUAGCAACAGGUAGUACCGAAGGUCAUCUUGUUGUGCUUAAUUCAGAAACUGGUGCUGUAGUAACAACAUUACGAGUUUGCGGAUCACCACUUAGUUGUUUAGGAUAUAACCCAGCUGGUGAUAUGAUCGCAAUUGGAUCACAAAAUGGAAGUAUUUAUCUAUUCCGAGUGAGUCGUGAUGGAUUCACAUAUAAAAAAUCGAAUAAAAUACGAGGAUCUCAACCACUCAUACAAAUGGAUUGGAGUUCAGAUAAUAGUUUCCUACAAACAGUCACAGCAGAUUACGAUCUUGCAUAUUGGGAUAUCCGUUCUCUAUCUCCAGAAAAGAGUCCCAUUGCAAUGAAAGAUACAAAAUGGCAUACUCAAAAUUCAACUAUUGGAUUUUUGGUAGCUGGUAUAUGGAAUAAUAGAUUUUAUCCAAUGACCUCUGUCAUAAGUUCAGUCAGCCGAUCGGCAGCUCAUGAUCUUUUAAUAGCCGGUGAUUCAGAUGGUUAUAUUCGUCUAUUUAGAUACCCAUGUAUAAGUCCGAAAGCCGAAUACAACGAAGAAAAAGUUUACAGUGGGGCGGUGGCAUGUGCACGAUUUUUAUUCAACGAUAGAAAUAUUGUAACAGUUGGAGGAACUGAUGCAUCUCUUAUGUUAUGGGAACUAACUGAAGAAUAGCAUGACGAGCCUGUAUUCCUUCGUGUACCAUCCGCUGGUAGUUCUGAUACAUCGAAUACAGAAGAAGACGACGAUGAUUCAAGAUUUAAUGAUAUAUUUUCUGAUGAAGAAGCGUUUAUAGUAUUAACAAGGACUACCUGAAUAUACGAAAGGAAUUUGAUAUUGUCGAAUAUAAUAAUUAUUAUAAAUUACUAGGCAUUUUGAUUGCCUACUUUUACA